CUUUUUUAGUAUUAAAUGAUUUCUAAUGAGAUAUUAUUUUGGAUUAAAAAUCCAGUGUCAAGUGCAGGUGAAAAUAUUGAUGGAAUAUGUUAUGUGAGAUUAAUUGAUGACAUUCAGCAAGCACAUGUUUAAUUAAUAUUUGUUGCAAUAGAGUAUUCCAAAAUUUUACAUAAAAGACAAGUAAUAAUUAAUUUAAUAUUUGAUUCCUUAUGAUGUAAAUAAUCCCCAAAUGAUUCCAGAAAAAUUGUUAGAAAAAAAUAAACAAGUUUAAAUUACUUUAGAUACUCCAAGAAAUUUUAAAAUGUAAAUUAAUCCCAAAAAAAAAUUUGAAUUACAUAAUGGAACUAUGUUCUAAAUAACUAGAUAAUAUGGUGUAAAUGAGGAUUAUACUCACAUCUAAGAUCUCUAUAGAGGAAAGAUUAAAAGUGGAGAUUAUAAAUUACCUUUUUAGGUACCUACUAAAUUUGGGAUGAAUUCUAGUUUUUUCUAUAGAAAAUAAGAUGGUAUUACUUUAUUCAUAAAAUUUAGGAUUAUAAUAGGCUAAAAUAUAAUAUAAAAUCUACUUAAAAAUAAGUGAUUCAUAAUCAAAUUAAGUCAUAAUAUAAAAAAGCAUACCAGUGUAUAUUAAUAGUAGAUUUAAAUUAAUGGAGUAAAAAAGAGAAAGUGAAGGCAAUAUUGUUUAGUUUUUCUGUAUUCAUAGGGGUAUGGUUGAAUUAAGUAUCAGAACUGCAAAAAAUUUAUAUAAGCCUGGAGAAAUUUUGGAAUUAGAAUAUAUUUUAAAUACUACUAGGUCUUAAAGAUCAAUAACAAAAGUGGAAGUGAAGUUGAAUCAUUAUUUAAGUUUCACUGAUGAUGAUGAAAAUGAGAGAUUGAUAGAAAAUAAAAUAUUAUAUUCUAAUGUUUUACCAGGAAUUAUUCCGGGAAAGAGAAGUGAAAUAUUAAAAAGUUCCAUUACUAUUCCAGAAGAUUUGGCAGCAACUGUCAAAAUGCAGUUUAUUAAUAACCAUUACAUCUUAUAAGUAGAGGCAUUUGCUGUAAUAAUAAAUAUUUAUAAUUAAGGAUGGAUUGCUAACUUCUUUGGCUAUUCCAGUUAUAUGCUAAAUUCCUAUUAUAAUUUUGGAGAGAAGAAAAUAGGAGAAGCUGAAUCUCAAUGAUUGGAAAUUCGAUAUUUAGUAACAAGAGAAUAAUUCAUUUUACUAAUUCACAUCUUAGUAAUAGUAAUUAUUUAAUUGA